CAUACCCGUCCAGCCGUCCUAUUUGUUCAUUUUCCCUAUUGCGUUUCGCGAAAAAGGGAGAAAAAGCUGAGAGAGAGAGAGAGAGAGAGAGAGAGAGAGAGAGGAAAAACGAAAGAGCGAAGAAAACAUGGUUGCCCCGAACCAGGAUACUAGAGAAGAAGUCAUUCAGGCAUGGUACAUGGAUGAUAGUGAUGAGGACCAAAGACUGCCUCAUCACAAGGAUCCUAAGGAAUUUGUAUCAUUGGACCAACUUGCAGAGCUUGGAGUGCUUAGUUGGAGACUUGAUGCUGACAAUUAUGAAACCGAUGAAGAAUUGAAAAAAAUCCGUGAAGAGCGUGGAUAUUCUUACAUGGACAUUAUUGAGGUUUGCCCAGAGAAGCUGCCAAAUUAUGAACAGAAGAUUAAAAACUUCUUUGAAGAACAUCUUCACACUGAUGAGGAGAUCCGCUACUGUGUGGCUGGAAGUGGUUACUUUGAUGUCAGGGAUCAAAAUGACUGCUGGAUUCGUGUCUGGGUGAAGAAAGGGGGAAUGAUUGUCUUGCCUGCAGGAAUUUAUCACCGUUUUACACUGGAUACAGACAACUACAUCAAGGCAAUGCGACUUUUUGUGGGUGAUCCAAUUUGGACUCCAUUCAACCGUCCACAUGAUCAUCUACCAGCAAGGUAUGCUGCUUUCUCAUUUUCACAGUUAUUGGUAACUUUUGUUCUGCACUGUGUUGCCAAUCGAAAAUUCAAGAUUCUUUGUUAGAGUCUUGUAAUGUGGACCUGAAUUACAGGAAAGAGUAUCUCAAAGCUUUUGUGCACAAUGAAGCCAGUGAUCAUGCUGUUGAUGCCGCUGCAUAAAAUCUGCUGCUGCUUGUAAAAUCAAAUAAAGGGCUCUGUUAGCUUCAAUAAGAAUACAUAUGUUUGUAUGGCUUGAAGACGUAUAAUUUUCUACCCCUUUGCAUAUUUGGUGUACUAAGACAGCAACAUAUGUAUGCUUUUCAACAUGGAAUAAAUGUAUAGUACGCAAUUUUAAUA